UAAAUGUGUAUUCUCUCUUGAACAGGUCACUGUGACUCCAGCCCCCUCCUUAGAUUACACCCUCACCCCCCUCUCUGGUGACCAGUACACAUCCUGUCUGUGUGGCAGUGAGCGCAAGACCCUCAGCUGGACCAUGGCCCCCUCAGCCUUAGGAGUUGUAAAUGUGUCGGUGAGUGCUGAGGCCGUGACAUCCCAAAUCUCAUGUGACAAUGAGGUUGUGAGCGUGCCUGAAAGAGGACGAAUUGAUGUGGUCACACGACCUCUCAUAGUAAAGGCUGAGGGAACUGAGGUGACCAACACCUACAACUGGCUGCUCUGCCCAAAAGGGCAAGCUUUGACGGAGGAAGUGGACAUAGAACUCCCUGAGAACAUUGCUGGAUCUGCCCGUGCUUCAGUAUCAGUACUCGGUGACAUCCUGGGCCGGGCUCUGGAGAACCUGGAUGGGCUGCUGCAGAUGCCGUAUGGAUGUGGCGAGCAGAACAUGGCGCUCCUUGCCCCAGACAUCUACAUCCUGGAGUACCUGAGAGACACCCAGCAGCUGACCCCAGCCAUCAGGAACAAGGCUACCAACUUCCUGACCAGUGGCUACCAGAGACAGCUGAACUACAAAGAUAACGACGGCGCUUACAGCACAUUUGGAGCAGGACCAGGGAACACUUGGCUGACUGCAUUUGUGUUGCGAUCGUUUGCCAAAGCACAGACUUUCAUCUACAUUGACCCAGCCAACAUCGAAGCGUCCGUGACUUGGCUGAAAAGUAAACAACAACAAAAUGGCUGUUUUGAACAGUCGGGGAAGCUCUUCCACACCAUAAUGAAGGGGAGGGUGUCUGAUGAAGUUACUCUCAGUGCCUACAUCACUGCUGCCUUCUUGGAGAUGAACAUGUACAUAGAUGAUCCUGCGGUUCAUGGGCCGGUGAAGGCUAGCUUGUCUUGCCUCAAGGAGUCCAUCAGUGACCUCAGCAACACCUACGCCACAGCUCUGCUGGCGUACGUCUUCACCCUGGCAGGAGACAUGGAGACCCGUGCUCACCUACUGGGUCACCUAGACGCUGUUGCGUUACGAGAAGGAGGUUUCCUCCACUGGUCUCAGACAGCAACAGAAACGUCAGCCUCUCUGUCUGUGGAGACCAGCUCCUAUGUGCUGCUGGCUAAACUCAGUGCCUCCCCGACUGCUGAAGACCUGGGCUACGCCAGCCGCAUCGUUAGAUGGCUGACGAGCCAGCAGAACUAUUACGGAGGAUUCUCCUCCACACAGGACACCGUGGUGGCUCUUCAGGCUCUGGCUCUCUACUCCACUCUGGUGUUCAGUCCAGAGGGUUCAAGCACCGUGACGGUCCGGUCUCCCAGGGGCCAGCUGGUGUUUCGCGUGAAUCGGAACAACAAACUGCUCUACCAGGAGAAGCAGCUGCAGGACGUGACGGGAAAGUACAGCCUGGAGGUGAAGGGCACUGCAUGUGCUGCCAUACAGAUUUCCCUUGUUUAUAACAUCCCAACUCCUGCUGCUGAUACCACCCUCAGUGUUCUGGUCGAACCAGAGGCCGACUGCACCAGCAAAAUACCCAAACUCAGUCUGGAGCUAACAUCCCUAUAUAGUGGAAAGGAGUCCAGUACAAACAUGGUUAUCCUGGAUAUCAAAAUGCUCUCCGGAUUUGUCCCAGACCCAGAGUCUUUGAACAUGCUCAAAGGUGCCCUGCUGGUGGAUCGUGUUGAACAAAAGGAGGAUCAUGUUCUGGUGUACAUACGGGAGUUACAGAAGGACAGAAGAAUCAACCACAGCCUGACGCUCGUACAGGAGUACCAAGUGCAGAACCUGAAGCCAGCCGUGGUCAAGAUCUACGACUACUACCAGCCAAGUGACCAGUCUGAUACAGCAUACAUCGACCCUUGUGUUACAGCUUGAAGAGCAUGUGGUCAAUCAUCUCGUCAUCCAGAAGAUGCACAUUAUGUACUAACACCAUGUCUGUUUUGUAUUUCCUUGUUAGUAUUCUGCCACAACCCCUUACAGCUGUGUAACUGUCUGAAGUGAAAUGCAUAAUGGAUAAUUAAAUAAAAAAAUGUGACAUCAA